UUCGUCGGGCUGCAUCAAUCGACCUCCGGCUAGCUUGUAAGUACCAUUUUACCGAGUAAAUCCUAGGGCUUAACCUCCAAGCGCAUCGCUGUGGUUUCGUCUGGUUCUUUUAUUCAAAAUUUAGCGAUAUCUGCUAGAUCUGCAAGUUUUCGUACCAACUCUUGUAGUUUUAGUAUUUAUCACCAAUCUAUCCAGCUCGAAUCAAGCUUUGCCGGCUUUUACUGUUCUUAUUAUUAUCAAUCUAUCUGAGCAGCCGAUCUAGAUCUGCUUCGGGUGUCAUCACGUAGCGUUGAGUAGAUUGUUUUUUCGGCUUACGCACUGCUUACAUCAUCAGAAUCGGCUGAUACAGCUGAUUCUCAACAUAUUUGCACUUUGGCUGCUUUCUAGCGUGCCGAUCCUAAUCUACCUCGUAUCGGCCGAUCCGGUAGAUACGCGUGUUCUGAAGACCCCAUUGGUUCCCGAGCCCAUCUUCUCAUAUUUAAUGAUUUUCUUGUCUUCCUUGUCAAUCAAUAGGUCAGAUUGACUGGCAUGUCUCGCACCGGGGAAUUCGUGUGUUGCCGCGCAGGGGUCACGUCCGAUUUUUGUGUAAACACACUUUUAGCACGCCCGGUGGGACCCGAAGAAAUCAACAUGUCUAUACCAAAGCCAUCAGAGGUUGAUCUGGAUAACAUUCAAGAAGUCACGGAAGAUCAACUUAAAGCAGAGGACAAGGCCGAGCUCGACCAACGCAUGAAAGAGUACAAGAAGUUGUGCUUAUUGUUGAAAGGGAUCGAGGGUGUGUCCGAGCGACCCAAGAGGGGGAGGGGGUGAAUUGGGUCACUAAUCGCCUUCUAAAAACUAUGGCUCCAACUAGUGCAUAAAUAAACCUAUCACGUCCUACACAAGCUAGUUCACACUAAGGUUUAUUUAUGCGAUCCUCUACUUACCUAAAAGGAGGUUUGCAACCUAGUUCCAAUCCUAACCAAACUAACUAGGAAAGGUAAAGGCACACAAGCAAUGCGGAAAUGUAAAUAUGGUAAGUAAUGAGGUGAGGGCAAGAGGGAUGCAAACUCCCGAGAAGACACGUGGAUUUAUCCUGUGGUAUCGGUAGGCCAAAAGCCACCCCUAGUCCACGUUGGCCUGCCACCAAGGCAACAAUGGCCAAGUACCGAGUCUCUCCCGAUCACCGUCUUGCACUAGGCCACUAAGGCACACCGGCAAGAAAAGGCUAAGUGCACCUAGUCACCAAGACAAGGUCACCGCCACCGUCUCUCUCGGUCACCACGGCACCGUCUUCACUACGGAGCUUCUCCACCAAGUAGGGGGUCUCCUCUUCUCCCGCACAAAGUGUCGGCACCGCUCCACACCAAGUCGGAGGGUCGUCGACAAGUACACUUGCUUAGCUAUGGCUAAGACUUCUCUUAAGCUAGCUCUCUCAAGAACUAAGCCUAUACAAGUGCACAGAGCACUCUCUCAAAGCUUCUCACAAGCUAGAUAUGGCACUAAGCUCUACUAGGAUGGUUGGUGAUGAUUGUUUGCUUGGGCAGCACUUCCUUCAACUCUUGAGGCUUCCAACCCUUCCAAUCCUUUGCUGCAACCGGCCUUGGGGGGUAUAUAUAGCCCACACACCCCAAAAGAGCUGUUGGAAAAGUGGCUGACAAAAAGCACAAUCGUCGGUUAAACCGAUGAUUUACUUUGUGUCAUCACCGUUUUAACCGGUGAACACCUUUUUCUAACUAGCCAUUACACUUCAACGGCUACAUUAAUCAACCGACGUUCUGCAGCUUAAUCAACCGGUGAAUGUAAAAUUGUCGUCGGUUUAACCGGUGAACAUAUCCUGCAGAGGCUCUGAAAGUUGGUCCAAAAACCAGUCCAGAUCAAUCGAUGCUCACUAAGAAAUCAUCGGUUUAACCGGUGAAUUGAUAUUCCAGAGGCUCUUCAUCUGCCAAUGCACCGACGUAUGUAUUUUCUUCAACGUCGGUUUAACCGGUGUAUAGAAGUGUUUCUGUUUAUCUCUUGACGGCUUUAUGCAUUGAGUCUUCGUCGGUUUGUUCAACUUGUUUUCUCCAUAUUUUCAUCCCUUGGACCUAAAGAGCUGUAUAUAAUCAACUAGAACACAUACAUUAGUCCAAAUGUUGGGUUGUCAUCAAAUCACCAAAACACAUAUGAGGAAAUAUGGCAACCAUGGCAUGAGAGACCAUUUCCCUAAGAGGGGCCAUUUUCCUUACAAUCGUCUUACGGCCUCACUAAGAGCAGAGCUAUCAAGAAAAAUCCUCUUCCAGGACCUCAGCAUGUUACGUUUACAUCAGAUCCUGGAAAGCUGCAAGAUAUGGUGAAUGAAGCUAUGCAUAGGACUCUCAUAAAUCAAUCAGGAGUUUUGACCAAUACUAUACAAAAUAGUCUAAUAAAAACCCUGAAAGAGGGACUGCAGCAAGGAUACAUGGGACCUGCAUAAUUUCAGCCUGGCCAGUCCAAUGUGAAGAUUCAUGAGUACACAUCGGCUUCUCAGCCGACUCUUAACUAAGACACUGAAGCUUCCCCAUCAGAGCCAACUAUUACUCUGCCAAUGGUGACAACUCAAGCAGGGUAGUCAAGCAAUCAGAAUCCCAGUUCCUCUACUCCAAUGAAGACUCCAUAUAUCCCAGAGAGAGAUUCAGAUGGGAAACUCAAUGGAUGGGGGAUGCCUCCGGAUUUCUUCACGCCAGAUCAGUGUCAGUCCUUCCAAACACUGCCUCAAUUGGCUCCAAAGCCAUGCAUCCUUUAUCAUAUCCAGCAGCGUUUGGUAAUACAACUGGGACAGCUCACCUUCACAAGGAUGGGAUCUCUUUCACCUAUUUCGAUCACAGGACAAAUACAAUGCAGUGUUAUGAAAUAGCUACCAUACAUGCAAGCAUGAUCCGACCACUUCAACCAAGUCAAGGUUCCCCUCCACCACAGUAUGCAUCGGCCACUCGGUGGACUGUAUCCCAAACUAUUCCAGGCACUCAAGCACCAUAGUAUGCAUCGGCCACUCGACCGACUCCAUCUCAGACUGUUCCAAGUGGUUAUGCACAACAACAAGUGUCGGCUAAUCGGCCGAUUCAGGCCCAACCAAAUGUGCAACCAACUCAGGGAUCUCUAGUACAGCAACAUGCAGCUAUGGAUCAGAGGACACCACCUCAACAGCCAAACCUCUAUCAGACCUUGCAAUAGUUCCUGAAUCAGCAAUUGGCUAAGCUACAAAUUACAGAUUCAGGACACUUGUCUCCAGGUCAACCACCGCAAAGUCUUUUGGCAAGGCAGCCGAUUGAACAGCCUCCAAGUCCAUACAGUCCAGUGGUUGGUCAUUCACCCAGCUCAACAUCAUCAUGCCCCUAAUCCAGUGUUGAGUUAGUCAAUCCCACAACAUCAGCCCAUGAUGAAUCCAUCGGCUAGACAGCCGACCUUACAAGAUCAGCCUGAGCAGUCAAAUGUAUAGCCUCAGCAGAAUCCGUCGGCUAGUCUUCAGCCGAUAGAACAGAUAUCUGCUCCCCGCGAGAUGCAAUUUUGGUGCCCGACACUGUUACCAGGUGUCGUGGAGCCACACUUCAAACUGAGGGCAAAAGAGGACUGGAAGGCACCACCAGUCGAACUGAUAGAAGGAUACGUGUCGGACUCAUCCGUAGAGGCGGACCAGGAGGACGACGAGGUCGGCGGACCAGAACCACCACUCGGAAGCUACCGAUCUCCAAGGUCGACGUCACCAAGGCCGCCAAACUAGAGGCAGGGAAGAAGGGGAAGAGAAAGCGAGAUGGGGACGCUGCCCCGGCGGAGAAGGGGCCGACCAGCAUGACCAUUGAGUCGUCGGUCGAUACUGCUGAGGACGAGCCGAGAUUGCCCAGUCCAGAGACCAAGCGCAAGAAGGCAGAGCUGCUGAAGGUCACCGAGGAAGAUGCUCGUCGAUACAAGGAAUAGCUCAAGGCCAAAGCCGGAGCAGAGCGCAAGGUGCCCAUAAGGCCGCCUCCUCGGCCGCUACAACCGAAGCUGAGGAAGACCUCAAAGUAAGUGCUUACUGCACUGGUAUCUUAUUAUUUCUUCGCUACUUUGUACGUGCCAAUCGUGAUGAAAGGCGGUCCUGCAGACCUGCAACCCCUGCACCAAGCGGGUGUGCAGAGAGUUCCGCUAGCGCAUCCGCCACAGAGAAGGCGACCGCGAGAUCCGCUGGCCAACCUUCUCCUGCCAAGUCGAACGCUGGUGGCUUAGACCAACCAAGGCCAGUCUAGGCGGCCCCUUCGUGGCUACGCAGGACAUCACCCCGGUCCAACCACAACUGGAACCGCCGUUGCCAAUGAGCGACCGAGAACAAGCUCCGCCAGACCAGGAGGUCCACGAAGACGUCCCUCCCGCCGAUGAUGAUGAAGAGCUGGACUUCACGAGGACUCCAUUCGAGGACGACAUCCUGGAGGACCAGAAGGACCUCGAGAGGGUGAAGGAGGCCUCCCGCGUGACGGGCGAGGCACAAUAUGCUUUGGCGGAACGAGCCCGUGCCAGGGCCCACACGAUCAAGGGGGCAGCCAAGAUGCACCUCAAGGUUUCAGCGCUUUAGGCCGAACUGCAGCGUGUCAAAGAAGAGGCCGCCGAACAGGUCCGGCGGGCCAAAGGUGAAGUAGCCGAGCAGGUGGCUAAGGAAGUGGCUAAGGCAAGGCGGGAGGCAGAUGCCAUGCUGGCGGCAGAAAGGGAGAAGGUCGCGGAUGCCAAGGCCGACCUAGAGGUCGUCAUUGAAGGGGCCAACAAAAAGGAGAAGAAACUCCAGGACGACCUGAAGGAGGCAGAGAAAACCGUCGAGGCUCUCAAGGAAAGCACCAAGGCCGCCCAUGACAGUGAGUAUGUCAUGACCCGGAAGUUAUUGUACGAAAAGCAAGUCAGGAGGGACUUGGAGAUCGACCUCGUCGUUGCUAUGCAGACCCUGCAGAAUGACCAGAUCACAAUUGCAGGUCUGGAAGCAGAGAUGGCGGACCUGCAGGAGGCCGCCGGGUACAACAUGGACAUGGUCGUUCCCCGGGUGAACCCUGAGGAGUCGUCGACACUGCUGGAUCGCCUGAUAGUGGCGCCUGACCGCGUGACGGAGCUGCUGAGGUCUACAGGGACCACUGCAGCAGUUGGCGCCCUAUCCUGGGUGAAGUUGCAUUUCCCCGACGUAGAUGUGGGGAAGCUCAUGGACGGGCCCAACGAGGACGCCGACUUACAUGCACUAGAGCUGGAGGUCCAGGCCGGCGCCGAGAAGGUCGUGGAGCACCUUGACCUGUGAAGACAUUGCUGAACUAGGUGUAUCAAACUGUAUAUAUAAAAACUUUAGCUGGAGCUAAAUUUUGCUAUGUCUUGUUGAAGAGAGCGUUUCCCUUGUUAUGCCAAACACGCAUUAUGCGAACUCGAGAGCUUUAGAGUUGCAAAAAUAUUAACCCCGCUAAGCACUGCUCACGGAGAGGACGGCUUACCACAGACUACACGGCUCACCAGGAAGGCUUACGUGUGGGCGGCGCACGAGGGUCAGAUUUUGCAACCAAAAAGCGUCGAAUGCUCAUAAUGAGGUAUAGGCAAUUAGAGGGACAACGCACAAAGCAAUCUUGGUCCCCCCAGGUCUGCGGACCCUUAGGUUGGCGUGGCCAAGCCCCCGAGCGUGUCGAGGGAAGGGGCAAAACAAAGGAAAACAUAGAGGUCGGCUUAAGGUCUGCCAAAGGAACUUUAUUUAUUCAAUCACUACAAACAAAAGUAAAGGGUACAUAGCUUUUUUAUUGGAAUCUCCUAAGGAUAGAAGCGCCAGAGAUGCUCUAUAUUCCAUGGGUUUGGGACGCCGGAACCGUCCCCCAUUUGAGCCGGUAGGUGGCAGGUCCGAUGACCUCUGUCAUGAUGAAGGGACCCUCCCAGGGUGCUGAGAGCUUGUGCAUGCUGUCAGUCUUCUGGAUUCGCCGGAGCACUAGGUCGCCAACGUUAAAGGAACGCUCCUUGACGUUCAGUCAUGAUAGCGAUGGAGCUGCAGCUCAUGACGAGCAUGUCGCAUGAGGGCGACCACCCUAUGCUCUUCUAAGCUGUCGAGGUCGACCUGGCGGGUCUUCUCAGCCUCGCCUUCGUCAUAGUGCUGGAUUCUGGGGGCUCCAGAUGCGACGUCCGUGGGGAGGAUAGCCUCCGACCCGUAGACCUGGAAGAAGGGGGAAAACGCUGUAGCGGAACUGACCUGAGUCCGGAGACCCCAUAUCACAUGCGGUAGCUCGGCCAACUAGCGAGUAGCAUAUUGAGACGCGUCAUCAAAGAUGCAAUCUUUGAGGGAUUGGAGGACCAUGCCGUUAGCUCUUUCGACCCGGCCGUUGCACCUUGGGUGCACAACCGAAGUGUAGUAAAUGUCGAUCAGGUUGUCCUGACAGAAGUCCCAAAACUUGGAACCGGUGAAGGCCGACCCGAGGUCGGUGAUGAUCCUAUUAGGAACACAAAAGCGAUGAGUGAUCUCUUUGAUGAAUUUUGCAGCCUCGGAAGACUUGACGCUUGUCACAGGCUUGACUUCAAUCCACUUGGUGAAUUUGUCCACCGCGACAAGGAUGUGCUUGUAGCCUCCCGGGCGGUUCGAAACGGACCUACAGAAUCCAGGCCCCACAUGGUGAAGGGCUAGGACGGCAGUAUGGUUCGCAACGCCUGAGCUGGCAAGUGCUGCUGUUUGGCAAAGAACUGGCACCCUUUGUACCUUCUAACGAGUUCUUUUGCGUCGGCCAUGGCCGUGGGCUAGUAGAAACCGGAUCUAAACGCCCUGCCGACUAGGUUGGCGGAGGUCGCAUGGUUGCUGCAUUCGCCACCAUGGAUCUCGACCAGGAGCCCGAGUCCUUCUGACCGCAAGAUGCACCUCAUGAGGACGCCAGUUGAGGCGGCCUUCCUGUAAAGCUCUUUUCUGAUAACGACGUAGCUAGCGCUACGCCGAGCGACCUUCUCAUGCUCUGCCUUAUCUUUUGGCUCCAUUUGAUCAGCAAGGAAAGCUAUGAACGGCGCGCGCCAGUCAUUCUCCGCGUCGACCAUCAUCACGUCCUAGGUGGAGCUGGAGGCCUGUUGGGGGGGACCUUCCUCCGGCUGGUCCGGAUCCAGCAACUUGAUGGACUGCUUGCGCAAGUCUUGUACGAACAAGUCGGCUGGGACCAGAUCGCGUCUAGAGCCUAGCUUGGAUAGGACAUCUGCGGCGACGUUGUAGUCGCGAGUCACAUGUUGGAACUCGAUUCCGUCGAAGUGACCUUCAAGCUUGCGCACCUCAGCGCAAUACGCGUCCAUCAUCUCUUUCACGCAGUCCCAGUCUUUGCUGACUUGCUGUAUGACGAGCUUGGAGUCGCCAUAACCGAUGAGGCGCUUGAUCCCGAGGGACAUGGCUAUACGGAGCUCGUGGAUGAGAGCUUCGUACUUUGCUCCAUUGUUGGAGGCCUUGUAGUGGAUCUGUAGGACAUACUUGAGUUGGUCUCCCUAGGGAGAUAUGAACAACACGCCAGCGCCGGCUCCUUCGAGAUUAAGGGCGCCGUCAAAGUACAUUAUCCAGUGCUCCAGUUUCUCCGUGGGAGGAGGUUGCUGGAUUUCUGUCCACUCGGAGACAAAAUCCGCAAGGACCUGCGAGUUGAUCGCAUGUCUGGGGCAGAACUCGAGGUCAAAUUCGCCCAACUCCACAGACCACUUGAUGAUGCGACCAUUAGCGUCGCGGCUACGGAGGAUCUCCCCUAGCGGGAAGGCCGAGACGACGCGUAUCUUGUGGGAUUGAAAGUAAUGACAGAGCUUCCUCGACGUGAUGAGGAGGGCAUAGAGCAACUUCUGGGGUUGCGUGUACCAUGUCUUGGCAUCGAAAAGGACUUCGCUGACAAAGUAUAUCGGCCGCUGCAUAGGGUAGGGCUGGCUGACAUCCUCUCGCUCUGCGACGAGGACCGUGCUGAUCACAUUGGUGGUUGCGGAGAUGUACAGCAGGAGAGUUUUCUUAUCGGCUGGAGUCGUCAUCACUGGAGGCGUGGUAAGGGACUCCUUAAGCUUUUCUAGGGCCUGUUGCGCUUCGUCACACCAAGUGAACUUGUCCACUUUCUUAAGUAGCCUGAAGAAGGGUAAACCACAGUAUGCAUCUUGACCUCAUUGUCGAUGUAGACCUCGACAUUGUCGACGUAGACCUCGACAUUUCUGUGGAGCUGAGACUCCAAACACUUCUGGAUUGUCUUCUGGUAGGUGGUGAUGGAAUAAGUCUUGUACUCUAUAGGACAGCAUCUUGACCGCUUUUAGGAGCAUCUAGGACAUCAGUUGUGCUGCCAUAUAGGACAGCAUCUUGGACUGCUUUUAGGAGCAUCUAGGACAGCAUCUUAGAGGCAUCUUAGACUAGCAUCUAGGCAUAUGCUUGGCUGCCUUGGCAGCUAUAAAUAUGUAUCCCCAACCCCUUGGGUUGGCAUGGCAUUGUGUGAGUGUUUGUGAAUACUAAAACCAGAAAAUUGCCCCAACUCUCCUAGUGUCAUCCUCUCUCAAUGAGAGUAACAGUUCACCUACUAACAACUGGUAUCAGAGCCAGGUUAUCCUGCAGCCUAAACAUCUCUUGCUCCCCUCCCUCCUCAGCCUCGCAGCAGCCCUAGCUAGCAGCAGCAGCACCUGCUAUUCUUGCUCACCCUCUUCCCUCUGUGCAGACAAGCAGUAGCUCGUCUG